CAUGCUGGUGGUGAUCAUAUGAACCAUAUGAAUCACAUGGGUCACAUGAUGAAUCAUAUGAUGUCAAUGUCGUUCCAUUUUGGUUAUAAUGAAACAAUACUUUUCGAUUGGUGGCGUAUUGAUAGCAUUGCUGGCCUUAUCGGAUCCAUGAUUGCCAUAUUUAUUGUUGCCGUUCUCUAUGAAGGUCUAAAAUAUUAUCGUGAAUUUUUGUUUUGGAAAACAUAUAAUCUAUUGGAAUAUCGUCCGGUUACUGGGCCACAGGCUAAUCCAGAAUCGGGACAAAUGCCGCCAGCACCAAGUAAUCCUACACCAGUGCAAUAUGUCGGAGAAGUUAUACACAAACAACCCCCCACAAUGUUCUCGUUGAAUCAUUUCAUUCAAACCGGUCUGCAUAUGAUACAAGUUACCGUAUCCUUCCUGCUGAUGUUGAUAUUUAUGACCUAUAAUGUGUGGUUGUGUCUGGCCGUGGUGGUUGGUGCAGCCGUUGGUUAUUUCCUUUUCUGUUGGAAAAAAUCCGUGAUUGUUGAUGUCACUGAACAUUGUCACUAGCAA